AUGACAUUUCCAAGUCCAGUGGUAGCGGUCUUGUAUCAGGCUCUCCCGCCGCCCAUGUAUGGGGGUGUCAGCAAGCCGCCUAAGCCUGGUGGAUAUCGUGACUCUGGCUCCGAUGUUGCAUAUGCAUUGAAAAAUGCGGGUAUCACCGUGCUGACGCCGGUAGAAUCUCCAGACCCGGCCAACCAGGACCAUUGGUGUUUUCCCGACACCGAGAAAGGCAUUCUUGAAGCCCUGCAGAAAGGCGCAACACACCUCUGGGCCAAUACAGUCCUCUUUGCAGACCACCCUAUUCAAACGUCCGCCAAGUUAACCCCGUUUGAAUCUUGUCUUAAAGUCGUUGGCCAGCCGCCGUUGUGUGCGGAUCGAUUUGACGACAAGUCAUUCGUGAAUGAUGAACUACGGCGAUACGGUGGUCUGACACUGCCUAGAUCAUGGACAGUGGAUGAUCCACGAUUGAAGAAGGAUGGUAUUCAGCAAACAUUGGAUAACCUUCUUGCCACAAUCAAAGGGAGCGAUUACCCAAUCGUUGCGAAACCUGUCCGUGGACGAGGUAGCCACGGCGUCAAGAUUUGCCGAGAUUCAACUGAAUUGAACGAGCACGUCACUCAAUUGCUCGAAGAGUCGCCACGUGUCUUGUUAGAAGAAUACCUCGCUGGGGAAGAAGGUACUAUUACAAUCAUGCCGCCGUCUCCACAGCCGUCUUCACAGCCGGCUCCAGGUAUCCAAGGGUCAAGAGUAGAAUGGUCAGAACGCCAUGCAAGCCACUGGGCUUUGCCGCCUGUGACUCGAUUCAACCAUGUUGAUGGCAUCGCUCCUUAUAGUGGCAAAGUGGCUGUCACGAUUAACUCGCGAGCUGUGUCCGCCGCAGAGGUUGAGGCCGACCCGGCCUAUUUGGAAAUCAUGAAGGAGUGUGAACAGGUCGCAAGCUUGCUACAGACAACAGCGCCCCUGAGAAUUGACAUUCGAAGGUUUGGUCCGAAUCUCAAGUUUGCUUUGUUCGACAUUAACAUGAAGCCGAAUAUUACCGGCCCUGGUCGCCCUGGCCGGGACGAUCAAAUAAGCCUGAUGGGUCUCGCAGCCGGAAGCAUGGGCUGGGACUACCCGAAAUUUCUACAAUAUGUGCUUGAAUCGGCGCAGACCCUGGGCCAACUUCGUAGUUUCUCAAGUCAAUUACUGCGCUGA